AAAUUAAGAUUAUUAUUAACAGUUUGUGUCACUGUCUUUUAUAGAUUCGACCUUACAAUUUUUGACAUUUAUUAAAGUCUGAAUUCACGAGGAAGCAAGGAGGACCUCUCUAUAAAUUGCUAACCCACAGAUUUAAAAAUGAAAGAGGAAAAAGACAGAAAGAAGACUUUCCUUCUUGUACCGCUAUAAUGCGCCGGUCUCCGUAUCUAACACUAAACUACGCCGGUCUCCGUCUUCGCGAUCUCUUCGCCGUCUAAUGUCUGAUUUGCUACGUCUCCUUCACACGUUUAAACAAUAACUUGUCUCCAUGUGCAAAUCCAAAAUGGGCGUCAAUGCUUCCGAGCCAACACGAACACGAUCUCGGCCUAGCCAAUCUCAGGGAAGGCACCACUCGUCGAGACGAUCUCCGUCAACGAGCACAACCGGCACGACGACAACAUCAGGAACUAGCUCGAGUUCUAACUCUAACAAAACAGCUGCUUCCUCCUCCUCAGCCGCAAGUCGAACAUCCCUCGCUAGUCUCCGCGAAUCCUUACCGGAAAACCCUCAUAUCUACGACGUCUCCGAGAUCCGCGCCGCCACCAACAACUUCCUCGCCCACCGCCUAUCUUCCUCCUCCUCCAAAGCCUCGUGGCGAUGUAAUUUGCGCGGGAAAGAGGUCGUCGUCUUCCAGAGAAAGUUCAGGCGGAGGAUCGCCAAAGACGAGCUCAGAGAUCGCCUCUCCGAUAUCUGCCGUAGCCACCACGGGAGCAUCAUCAACCUCCUCGGCGCUUCCGUCUCCGGAAGCGGAGGAGGCGACCACAUCUACUUAGUCUACGAGCACGUCAACGGAGCCUCUCUCGCCGAUUGCUUGCGGAACAGUAAGAACCCUAACUUCACCGUGUUAUCGAAUUGGGCCUCGAGGAUCCAAAUCGCGACGGAUCUGGCCCAUGGGCUUGACUACAUCCACAACAAAACUGGGCUCAAGAUCGAGAAUCUCGUUCACAAUCAUAUUAAAAGCUCCGCGGUGAUCGUGACCGAGCCCGAUUACAACGCGAGGAUCUGCCACUUCGGGACCGCGCAGCUAUGCGGGGAAACGAACGAAACGACGUCGGAGAGAGACGGACACGGAUCGAGAUUCGAAGGAGUGAGAGGAUACAUGUCGCCGGAGUUUCAGGCCUCCGGGAUCGCCACUCGGGAAUCAGACGUGUUUGCGUUCGGAGUCGUGAUGCUUGAGCUUCUCUCCGGGGAGGAGCCGCUGAAGUAUAGGUACGAUAAAGCCACCGGAGAUUUCGAGCGGACUUCGGUGAUUGAGACCGCGAAGGCGGUGAUCGACGGCGGCGGAGAUGGAGAUACAGAGGGGCAGCUGAGGAGGUGGGUUGAUCGGAGAUUAGGGGAUUCGUUUCCGGUGACGGUGGUGGAGAAGCUGACGCGUUUGGCGUUGGAGUGCGUGGUGGAGGAUCCGGUGAAUCGGCCGGAGAUGGGAAGAGUCGCCGGGAAAAUAUCGCAACUGUAUUUAGAAUCGGAGAAAUGGGCGGCGAACAUGAAACGGCCAACGGAUAUAACCGUCUCCUACGCUCCCAGAUGAGGGAAUGAAAUGAAAUCUCGAUUCUUUUUUUCUUUUUCGUUUCUUUCGUAAUUUGUAUAUUCAUAUUUUCUUUUUUCAAAUUUACUGAUGAUUUAUUUGGUCAUGUGGGACAUGAAAACUAUAUAAUAUGAGUAGUACAUGAUGCUUCAGCUAA